UCGCGAGACUUGAAGAGGUCAACAGGUGUCACAACUCCAGGUGUUUCAAAAUGGCGUCCACGGUUUCUGUGACAACGGACCAAGCCAAAACAAUAGCCUCUCAGACGGCGGAUGAAGGGAAAAAGUCCCUGGCUAAGGUACUGGGCUGGCAGGCGUUUGAUCCAGAAGACGACAUGAGGCAGGACAUUUUACUGGACUACUUGUAUGACAACUUCAUGUUCGCAGUGGGGAAAGGUUUCCCCUGGUCUCAGGCUGUGCUGUGUAUGGAGCUGGCUGCAGAGAUGCAGAGGGAGUGUCAAGGUAUGCCCCUGGUGGAGGCAAUAAAGCACUACAGCACCAGGUCCCAGCCCUAUGCACAGAGACUCGGGGACAGGAACUUCAAGAUGUUCACAGAUCAGUUCUUCCAGUCCUACAUGCAGCACUACCAACUGUACCAGUACGUGUUUGGGAGGAACAGGGAUGGCUGGGUGUCACAGUACGACCUGUCAGUGGAACCUCCUCCUGAACCUAUGCUGUUCAAAGAAGGAAAAUCUUUCAAGCAAUGGGACUAUGAGCGACAGGUUGUGGAACUGCAGACAAUGGAGGCAGAGAGAAGGAAACUACGGGAAGCACAGAAGCAGAGUUUGGAGGAAGAAGGAGACAAACUCAUCCAGGAAGCCUUCAGCAGGCUGGAGGGGAUAGAAGGCCCUGUGGACAAAGAGACAUUAGCGAGUGUUGUAGGAGACAGCAUCACGGUGCACGUAACAGUCACGCGGGACAAGCUAAGGACCAGCAUUGAGGAGGUGCAGGACAGCCUGGAGUUCAAACUGGAGAAGAACAAGAUUCCCAAACCUCAAGGGGCAAAGACACCCACCCCUCCUGUGUCAGGCAAGAGACGCAAGUCACCAGACAGACCAAGUACACGAGGCUCAAGCACAUCUGCGCGGGGGAAGAAGAAAUGAUGACGUUUUGUGUUUUAAAAGUUGUCAAGCAUGUAAAGAACUUUUUUUCAUAUUUUGGGACACAGAUGUUGGAAGAACUUGAUUCACAUCUGCUCAAUGAAACCAGUGAUUUUAUCAACAUGUUUUGACAUCUGAGAAGGAUAUAAAGAGUAUUUUAUAUGUAUAUAACAAUGGAGACUGCUGUCUUAGAAUUCUUAUCAUAUAACAAAACCCUUUUUAAUGUCUACAGGUGGAGUUCUAUAAUUCUAACCAUAUUAGCAAUAAAGUUAUAACAAAUGUGCGAUCAGUGAUAUUUGAUAAGGCCAUGGAUAUGAUGGAAAAGGACUAUCCAUGUGACUGUUCACAUUCUAAUUUUCCUACAAUCUAUGAUUGAAAACUUCUGCCCAUCCAGAUCCAUCCAGACUAAAGUCUUGUGAUGUAUGUUUGUAAAUUAGGGGAUAGGAGACCAGUACUCAGAAGGCUUUUGCUAAUCCAAUUUGCUUCUGCACAAAUAUUUCAGUCUCUUCCUGAUUGUUGUACCUGCCUAAAAUUUUGUAAAUUUUGUUGUGACUUGUCAAGACUGUUUUCAUAACACACAAUGUUUGUACGUGAACAAGCCAUCAGCUAUAUAAUUCAUGUCUUUUUCUGUGAUAUUAAAAAGUGU